GGAAUAUAUGUGAUACUUGUUACUGUUACUGUGCUUUUUCUACUGAUAGAUUUUUCUUUAGUUGAUCAUCGAAAAUUUUUCAUUCUACUCAGAUCAUAGUGAAUGGAAGAAAAUGAAGUUACUUUUGUACAAUUAUGUUUUCGCGAGUGUGUUAAUUUCAGCCGAAGUGAUAACAUUAAUUAAAGAUAAUAGUAUCACGUGUGUUUUAACAGACGAUUCUGUUAACUCCACUAUAUACGUAACAAAUGCCGAUGACCUUGAAAAACUUGAACGGAUAAUUCCUGAAAUAACCAAUAUAUAUGACGAUGAUUGGCAAUGGAGACGGUCGAGUGUUGACUUUUGGCCAAUACUUGACCCACGUUGGACAAAUUUUAGGCCAGACACUACAGGUGUCAGACUUGAAAACCGAUUCUCAUUAUGUUUAAAACAACAUUCAAAAAUUCUUUUACAUGACAUAAGUUACCAACACUCUACAAACAUACCAAUCCGACAUUUGAAUGGCCCCUACACCGCUUGUCAGUGGCAGCACUACGAAAUAAAAAAAAAUAUGACACAUGGGAGUCUAGUCAACAUUGAAAACAACAAUGUUAUUAAUGUAACAAAAUUGGACUUUGAACCAGAUUGGGUAACAUUUUCUCCAGACAAUUUAAAUAUUAAAGUACAUAAAUAUCAAUUUCGAUACUCUACAACAACUAGCACAAAACCGUCAUACAUUAACAUAACAUCUAUGAGCUGCGUCUCUUUUUAUGUUUCUGUUGAUGAAGGAUGUUACCUGAAUAUUUCGGUACAACCAGCAAACAGCAUUACAAAAAUAGCUGGAUUUAAUGAGAAGAACAAAUUAAAACAGUGGAAAAAAUACGAAAUAAGGGCUGAUCCUAAAGCGAUUAAUCAAACGCUUUCGAUAUACAGAGGACGAGACGACAAAGGUACCAAGGGUUAUUGGACAAUUGAUGAUAUACACGGUUGUAGUUCCGAAACAGUUAUUUAUCGGACCAACUUGAGUACAUCUUGGACUACCCAGAAGUGUGCGGAACUAAAACAAACGAACUCUUCAAAUAAACUUUGCACCAAAGCCUCUUUAGGAGAAAAAUGUAACAUUAAAUGCGAUGAAGUUUUGGGACCGAAAUAUCCCAAUUGUGAGGAUCAUCGAAUAUGCUUGUCAAAAAAUAAAUGUUACUGUGCCUGGGGUUUCAAGGGAGAAAAGUGUACCGAAGAAUGUGAAGGAGAUUCUUGGGGAUUAGAUUGUUUGAAAAAUUGUACUAACUGCGAAAAAUGUGAUAAGAAAACCGGAUGUCAAAAAUGUAAGGCACAGUACUUCGGGGAACAAUGUGUGUAUAAAUUUCCCGUCGUGAAAAGGCCACCUAUUUUAGAACCCAGUGACGACGAGUCGAUAAGAAUUUUAACAAAUAUUGAAUAUGGACGAGACGAAGAAACGCCAGAACAUUAUUAUAUUCAGUGGAAAAAGCUUGACAACAACGAUGGGUUUGAAAAUUACACAGACCAGCAAUUCCUCAUGACAAAAAAUAAUGAAUCGUUCUCAACAAAUAUUUCGCGGGAUGAUUCUUAUCAGUUUAGAAUACUAUUGGUUAGCCAUAAUUCAUCAUUUCAACAAGAUACCAUCCCGCAGUUAACCGUAUACAAAAAAUCUUUGACUGCACAUGUGAAAGACAAUGAUACGAUUGUACUAAACUGGACUAAACGUGAUCUACAUGAAAAUAAUACGUACAAGAUAGCACACAGGUGUAAAAAAUCAUUCUGCGCUGACAAAGCAGAGGAAGAAUAUAACACCACAUCUACAACAACUAUUGCACUGACUAUAAAACACUUUAAAAUAUGCAGCAUCAAGUUGUUCUUUACAAAACAUGGAAGCGAUGAAUUCAUAGAGCAAACAACUGUGAUACCUCAAACUUCAACGAAGGAAAUAUUUCCCGCAGAAUUACCAAGAAAUGUUACCUUCUUGAAAAAUCAAAUCGUCCUUCAAUUUAACAAAUGCGACAAUUUUACUGGACCGUUGAAAUAUUCAAUUGAACUUAUAUGCAUAAGCGAGUGGUGUGCAAAUAGACCUACUAAAGUUGAUCCGUGUCAUUUACUAAACUACUUACCUAACAUUACUAGAGAUGUAAAAGGUUUAUCACCUUUUACGGAAUACAACAUCACCGUAACUGCGAAAAGGAUUGAUCAGCAUGACAAAAUAAAAACUUAUUUAACGAAGUCAAUGCCGUCAGCACCACCACCAGUAAAUACUUUACAAUUAUAUUCUAAUGACGAAGACACUUUGUCUAUAAGAUGGAAGGAACCCUUUCCAGCAACAGGAAAAAUAGAAGCGUACAAUUUUACUCUCAGCGAUAACACCUCAAUUCUUACUACAACGAAUUGUACGUUUUCUUGCGAAAUGUGGCCCGAAUUUCAGUGUGCAGAUAUACCGAGGGUAAAAAAAGUUAGCGUUUACAAAGUGACGGUUCGAGCAAAAAACUACGAAGUUGCUGAAUGGAGUGAGUCCAAUUUUACUAUAAAUGUCGAAAAUGUAACUCAAGCACCUCAAAAUUUGCGGAUCGAAUUAAGUCCACAAUCAAUGGACGAAGUGAUACUUAGAUGGGAGUACCCACUUUACACAUAUGGAAAAAUUGAAAAAUUUUAUACAAUACUACACGACAACAGUAGGACAGAAAAUAGUACGAUCCAAGUUUCCAAUGAGAUAAACUAUAACAAAACUAUUAAAAUCAAGUAUGGACAUAAAUAUAACUUCACUGCUUGGGCACAAAACGCUCAUGAUGGUGAAAAAGCAUCGAUUUAUUUCGUAGUCUCUAAACCCAUUUCUAAAUUGUCGAAUCAAGCGUUUAUAUUAUGGUGUACAGAAAAAUGUUAUUUAGUAACACAAAAAUCAAAAACUCUAGAAAAUACGAAAUACAACAUUAUAAUAAAACAACAUAAUGGAACCCAAGAGGAAGACGAAGCGAAAGGAUUAAUUUCUUUUUCGAAAGAUAAAAUUCCAUGCAUGGAAAAUAACGCAUCAUGUGACAUCCAUUCAGAGUUUCAAGACGUAGCAAAUCAAUAUUAUUUUAUAAAAAUAGACGGUGAAGAAACUCCUAUCGAAUUCACAGCAUAUGAAUUUAAACUCGACAUUAUAUCCCAAACAAAUAAUAAUAUUAUUAUUUUUCUUAUAGUUGUGCUAAUCCUUGUCGUUGUCUUCCUUCUAGGAUUCUUGUUUCACAGGAGAAAAAGUCAAGCACAAAUGGCCAAGAACAACGAAAGCGAUCCUUCUUUCGAACCUGUCAAGUUCAACCAUUUUGAGAAUUUCUUCUCAACUGCGCUCGACGAUGACCCAGAUGACAACAUAAUAACACAACAAUUCGAGGCUGUAGCAAGGGUUACAAAUUGUCAACAAGGCCAGUUACACGAAAACGCUAACAAAAACCGCUACAACAAUGUCUUGCCAUAUGACGACACUAGAGUAAUUUUGCAAGGAAACAGCGAAGGAGACUACAUCAAUGCAAACUACGUCGACGUAAGUCGUCACCUGAGAACUGGUUUGCCGCAUAUCCAGACCGCGUCCGAGGGAGUUUCGCCUCUACUGUUUGGUGCAGAUUUGCCGCAUGUCGCACUUGGGCGAAGCGAAAAAUCGAAGUUGAAAAGUAGUCGUUACUAUUCGUCAAUGAUUAGUGAUCAUUUCGUGAUUUCGAGUAUGCAUUCUGAAUGAUUCAAAUACUAAGGAAUCAAGAACCGAUUGCCGAAAUACCGAGAACUACCGACCUCCUAAACCUAUAAAUCAAAUACCCUUACUUUUAUUUACUAACACUUCGCUUUCAAGUUGAGUUGAAUGUUGAAUAUAGAAAAAGGAAUAAGUUAAAAAUAAUGCGGCCUUUUGUUAGUUGGGGCCUUCGGGCCUAACUCUUGAUUACUCUCUAACAAAAAUUUAAUGAAGUAACCAAAGUUACUAAAUAAUAAUAGAUUUAUAAAGUACGUUUUUUGUUUUUGUUUUUUUUUUUUAUUCUAUGUAAUAUUAUUUCAUUUAUUUUUGUAUUUUUUACGAUUUAAAUAUAUUUUUUGUAUUAGUCCAGAAA